AUGAAAGUAAACAUUCGAAGCAACAAGGACCUUAUGUCAUUUCAGUAGCCAGCACUGAAACCCACAAGUUUCCUUAUUGAUUACGGCAAGCCUAAAUCCAACAACAAUAUAUUCCCCGCAUAGGGUGAACAGACAUCUUUAAAUAUCGGAGGAGGUAGUCCUAAUAUGGGCAACCUUAACUCUUUUAAUUAACCCGACAGAAAUAAAUCCUACAUUUCGAACUAAGACUCUUUGGGUAAACUCGGUUCAGUAGGGUAUCCCAGUCCAAGUCAUAAUUCAACCAGUAAUGCUUACUAGGAUAAUAUGAGAUCUCGCUAGCUAUUUGGAGAUUACGACCCAUUCAGAGAUAGAAAAGGCAGCGAGCAAAAGCAUUAUGGCUCCAACAAAGAGCUCAAGACGUUUCAGCCUAGCUCUGAAUCAUUUGUAAGGGCAGAUAGCCGGACUAAAGAUAUGCAGAGUAUUAGGAAGAGAAGCAUGAUGGGAGAGAUUGGUAGCUCUCUCAUACACCCACAGAGUGAAAAUACAACAAACCUUAAGAGUAAGUACAACGCUGAGUCAUAAAGAAGAGCAGGUGGACCACCAAAUAACAUAAGCGUGACUAACUCUAUGAGUAAUUAUCAAGUAAUGAGGGAUCAAAUGCAAAGAGAAAAAGAUAGAGGAGAUAUCAUGUCAGCUGGAGGAAUGAGCCCCAAGGACUCUCAUAAUAAUAGUGACCUCCUAGGUAGAGCAGCUGGUCUUACUAUAAAUGAAACCGAAAGACUCAGAGAUAUGAAGCAUAACUUUGCAGCAGAUCAUCUGAGAAAGCAGCAUGUCAUUGAAAAUGAGAAGGGAGGUAUCUUUGAUAGGUCUGAAAAUUCAGGAGUGAAGAAUAUGUAUAUACCAGCAUCAAAUAACGUCAAUGAGGAGAUAUAAGCUUAAUUUUAUAAGAAUAAGCAAAAGCACUGGCAGCACGUGAAUAAAUUCAGCGAUGAUAAUGCGCAGUCUUCAUUGAUAGAUGUAGUAAACCCUGAUAACAUGACUAGCGAAGAUAAACGAGCAUUUAUAAAUCAAAAAUUGCAAUACAUGCAGCUUAACGUGCCAGGGUCCGCGCCUAAUGUUCAGAUUGGAUAGUAUGAGAUAUCUCUGAAACGAAGGCACGGCGCUAAGAAGCAAAUAUAGCAAAGGCAAAAUAAGUUAAAAGCUUAGAUGUCAAUGCUUAAUGAGAGGUCUAAGUCGGAGCAGCUAUAAAGAGAUCCACAGAUUCAAAUUGAGCAAGUAGACACAGAAGAUAAUAAAUCCGUAUCCAUUGAUAAAAUCUCAAUUUCAGUUCCUUCAGUCACUCUGCAAAGUAAAUAGGAAGAUGUCCAAAAAAACAAUGGAGAUUUAGAAGUCCCCGACAUAACACCAAAGAGGAAUCAGCAGAGCUUUCUGAAUAACUUGAAGAAUCUGUUCAGCUUCUCCCCUAAAUCUAAACCAGAUGCCAACACUCAUAAUUCUCAGCCUCUUUAACAACAAAGGAAGGGUUCUCACUCUGAAAAUGAUCAUAAGGGAGAUUCUGCCUGCUCUUCAGUAUCCUCAGACGAUGAGGAGGAAGAGAAGAAACUGUAAAGAGAUGAAUCAGCAUUUAUUAAGCAAUUUGAGUAUGUAGAAAACACAAGAGAACAAUACUUAAUUUUACUAGUUCAUGGCAUAGGCACUAAAGAGGCAUACUAGGCUUAGAAUAUCAAGGAGUUCAGAGCUUCAAUUGAAAAAGUGUGCAAGCGCUACUUUAAAAACACCAACUAUGACUUUGUUAUAAAAAUGGUUGAUUGGAAAAGCAUCUUGAAUAAUAAGCACACAAAGGAAAAAGUUGAUAGAGUAACAGUAGUUGACGGAGCCUAGUCAGUCCGAGAAGUGUUUAAUGAGACAGUAGUUGAUAUACUGUUCUACCUCAGCUAGCAAUACAGAACUUAGAUUUUGAAUAAGGUGGCGUAGGAGGCUAGAACCUACUAUAACGAACUGUCCUAGGGCGGCAAGAAUAAAAGAUUUAAGGGUAAAGUAACAUGGGUUGGGCAUUCACUCGGCACAGCAAUUUCUUAUGAUCUUUUGGCGAGGUAAUAGCCAGCAAAGCCUAGUCUCUCUAGAAAAAGCUAAACUAGGCACUUAUUUGAAGAUUUAUCAGUCGAUAAAGAUGAAGCUACUAAUUUAUAAUCAGAUAGCAGUAAUUACAAAAUGAGUCCAGAGGAUGAGGCUUUGCAGCUUGGAUUUAAUAUUGAACACUAUUUUUUACUUGGAAGUCCUCUAGGAUUAUUUGUCAGCAUUUACAAUGAGGAGAACUUCAUAAAAGAAAAAUUACCAACUACAAAGAACUUCUAUAAUAUAUUCCAUCCAGCCGAUUUCAUAGCCUAUAGAAUAGAACCAUUAUUUUCAAAUAACGACUUAGGUGGAGUUUAGAAUGAAAUCAAGCCUCCAGUAAAGUUGCCAUACUACAAGAAUAAUGGGUAUAGAACAUAUCUGUCUAUUUCCAACUUUUUCAAGUAGAAUCCAAACAGUAUAGUCCACUCAGCUUUCUAGUAAAUCAACGAGAUUCAAUAGUAACUGAAAGCUUAAGAGGCUGAACAACUCUUAAAAGAUGAUAAUGCUAGUUUGAGACAAACAGAUGCAGACGGGGAAAGACUAGGAGGCUAUGGAACUCAUUAAAAUGAUGAGGACUUUGACGAUGAAUGUGCACUUGAGGACUAGAGAUAUGAUUUUUUAUUGCAAGAAAAAGGUCUUGAGACUAUCAUAAAGCCAGUUGGGAUAUUGAAGGCUCAUAUUAAAUAUUUUAGUAGCAAGGAUGUAGCGUACUUUAUACUAAAGAAAAUACACAAACAUAAGGAUAUCCCUUACUAUCUUUGA